UUUUUUUUUUUUUUUUUUUUUUUUUUUUUUGUGGCCUAGCAAGAAGCGGCUUCCUUUCCUGAGCUGUUGGUAUCUUCUUGCCUGGAUUCAGUCAUUCCCAAAGGAAUGGAGGAAUGCAGCUGAUAAAUCCUUAACCACCCUGUGCUCCCGUAGGCAGCGCCAGAAGCUGGCUUCAUCUUCUCCACUUUGGCACUUUGGGGGUGGGCCCCUCUUUGUUACCUGCUCUGGGUACCUUUCUAGUGGCACUGUAGACCAAAGGAGAUGGAAGAAAAGGAGCGAUGUGAUAAAUUCCAGCUGGUACCUUGAGACUAAGGGGAUUCAUAGUUUUUGACGUUUGGUGUUUUGGUUUGUUUUUUUUUUUCCUGGGGAGGGGAGGGAGGGAAGUAUUCUAUUUUAUGGGGUAUGGGAGGAGGGAGGAAAAAUAUGUUGCAGAUCUCUAUGUGGUUUUUAAAACCAGCCAUCAGAGGCAAUUACUGAAUAAACUGAAGCACAAGAGGAGGGUUUGUGAGCUGGAAGCAGUGCUAGCCUACAAAAGAAAGGGGCAGUGGGCUGCUGUUGUGACUGUGGAGGAAGAAACUUCAGCCUCCGUCGUUUCUCACCACCUACUCUCCAUCCACCCUGCGAGAAAAUGAGUUGCGUGCCAUGGAAAGGUGACAAGACCAAAUCAGAAUCACCAGAGCCGCCCCAGCUACCACCACUGCAUAUUUACCAUGAGAAGCAGCGUAGGGAGCUGUGUGCCCUCCAUGCCCUCAACAAUGUCUUCCAGGACAGCAACGCCUUCACUAGGGAAACCCUGCAAGAGAUUUUUCAGAGGCUGUCUCCCAACACCAUGGUGACACCCCACAAGAAGAGCAUGCUGGGGAACGGAAACUAUGAUGUGAACGUGAUCAUGGCAGCACUUCAGACCAAAGGUUAUGAGGCGGUUUGGUGGGACAAGCGCAGAGAUGUUAACGUCAUCGCCCUGUCUAAUGUGAUGGGCUUCAUCAUGAAUCUGCCCUCCAGCCUUUGCUGGGGCCCCUUGAAGCUCCCCCUCAAGCGACAGCACUGGAUCUGCGUCCGGGAGGUGGGAGGCACCUACUACAACCUCGACUCCAAACUCAAGAUGCCCGAGUGGAUUGGAGGUGAAAGUGAGCUCAGGAAAUUUUUGAAACACCAGCUGAGAGGAAAGAACUGUGAACUCCUGCUGGUGGUGCCAGAGGAGGUGGAAGCACAUCAGAGCUGGAGAGCUGAUGUGUGACCCGGACCGACUCUGUCCUCCCACUACAGCUCUUCCCCCUUUAAUGAACUCCUGACGCCCUGAAACCUGGAUAAUGGGUGCCCUGACUCUUCUCGUCUGGAAUUCCCUUUGUUAGGCUCUUCUCUUCCUUCCUUGGUGCAAUAGGGCAACGGCGUAGGACAUUGGGGGUGGUGGGUGGGGAAGACUUGAGGGCAGAGCAGAGGAAACUGGAAGCCAAUCACUUUAUUUGCAAAGAGUUGCGUGCCCUUCAGCUAGUGAGAAGGCAUUGCACUCUUUAAAACUGGGCUUUGGGGCUAGGGUGUCUGGAGGGCUCUGGCCCCCCUUCCCCCAUAUGGUUCAAGGCUGCGUGUGGUGGGAUGUGGCUCCCCCCGGGGCUUGCCGGGGAGGAGCAGGGGCCGAGCACGCUGCCGCCUCUUCACAAGUCUCUCCCUCCAAAACAAGUCGUUGUGAAGACGUUUGCAAUUCCUAAGGGUCUCUCAGGACACUCUCAAACACUAGGAAUGGUACGGUGCUCAGCACGACCCUCUGCUUCCUAGGGAUGGUUUGUGCCAGGAAUUAGAAAACAAUAAUAAAAACAGUGUCAUCUUUGAAGGAAUUCUUUGGGUAGCUAGAGGAUUCUUCCCCAGUGUCUCCAGGGAUUUAUGCAUGUGGCGAGCAGUUGUUCGGCAGCAUGUGGCUGGCUAAGGCAGUGUGGAAACAGCAAGCACAGGCUAAUUGAGGAGUAUUGAGUUUCUGGACUGGAGAGAGGCCAUAGUCUGCUUGGGUUUCUUUGUGCUACCUUGGAUUUUGUUGGGUUUUUUUUUCUUUUUUAACAUCUGUUUUGGUUUUCUGCAUGGUCACCCAGUAGUUUAGGGUCUGCUGGGAGAGAGGAAUAAAACUGAAGGGUUUUUGAGAGGAAUUCAUUCCCUUUUAUUUUCCUCUUUCCAAGAGUCCAGCCCACAGUUGUGAAUGUCAUGCGAAAUGUCUGAGAAAGAGGUAAAGUUACAAAGAAAAAAAA